UCCGAGAAAAACAAAGCGCCUUUUACAGAAUUAAAUGUCAGCAUUUUUUGGUCAUUUAUUAGUGUCUCCACCUGUAUUUCACUGCAAUUUUAGAGUUUAUUACAAUUUCAUAAUAUAAUGCAGUUGUAGUUGUAUAUAAUAUGCCAGUUCAAUCUUUUGAACCUUCAGAAUUCACAUACAGACUUUGAUCAAGUAGAAUCCUGGCCAUAAUUUCAUAAUCAUAAUAUGUAAAUGGAACGGAUUUUAACUGCUAUUACAUCUUCCUCGAUAGCUAUGUGGUAGAUCGUCCAAAGGACCGUAAGAAUAAGUUCUUUAGUGUGGUUUAGAACCAACUGUUUCAGCUCGGCUGGGUAGAGCUCCGUGGUAGUGUUCACGUGGUUGUUGGUUCGAGCCCAACCACAGGCACGCUUUUCCUCGUUGGUAAACUUAAAUGGUGGCAGGCAAGCCAACAGCAGCCUGGAAAAUGUUCAUUGGAGAAGGCAUGUAAAAUGUGCCUCUCGUUUAGCUGGUAAUGUUCUGAUUGCAGCGUUCGACACUAACGGGGUCCCAGGAUCCCGAGGACACCAAUUUUUCGGGAGGGACACCUGAACCUCGAAGUCCGACUGAUGACAUCAAACAUGAACAUGCAGUUGGUGUCUGCUGGUGAUGACAUCAAAAUCUGGGACUGCAAUGACUUUAUCCUGGAACACCAGUUCAACCCACAUGAUGAGAAUGUUACCAGUGUGUGCUGGGCUGCAGACAACAGCUUCCUUGCAAGUGGAUCUGUUCACUCGGAUAAUGUGGUGAUAACGGAUGUAAAGACAUGGGAGAAAUCCUUCCUGAAAUGUGAUGCUGGCUGUAUGUGCCUGGACGUGAAUGACACCUCACGCUACAUGCUCACAGGGGGAUCCAACGGUAUCAUCUCGGUUUGGGACUCAAAAACAAGGAAGAUCAGAAAAACAUACAAGGAUCACAAGGGCCCUGUUACAUGCGCACGUUUCAACCAGGGAACAACCUCAAUAGCGUCCGGGUCUGAGACGGGAGAGAUUAUCCUGUACAACGUAGUAACAGGCCAGGGAUGUCGGCCCCUCCUGUCCCCUAAUGUGCAGUCAAUCAGACAGGUACAGUUCGGUCGCAAGAAGUCCCAGCUGGGCUCUGUCUCUGAUGACGGUGCUGUCUGCCUUUGGGACUGUAACCGUCGGCAACUGCUUCACACAUUUGACUGUCACCGGGCUCCCGCCACAGGACUCAGCUUCUCCCCGAUCAACGACAUUUUCCUGGUCUCUGUGGGCCUCGACAAACGUAUUGCCUGCCAUGAUGUCCAGACUAAGAAGGUUGUGAAGGUGAUCAACACCGACAGCCCCUUGACCUCUAUAGACACCAUGAGUAACGGUAUAACCAUUGCCGUGGGUACAACAAGGGGUCAAAUCCUCAACUAUGACCUCCGUAUGGCCUCUGUACCAGUAAAUUUCCUAGAUGCUCACAAGUCUUCAGUCCAGGGCCUCCGGUUUCAGACGGAAGCUAAGUCUGAGUCAGGAAGUGGCAAACCAACCAGUGCAGCCAACAAACAGCUGAAACAUCGACAACUUCCAUCCUCUCCACGAAAUGUUGGUGUAGCCCUGUCUGAAUUGCGGACACCACGCUCUGAUGUGGACAUUGAUGUCUUCUCACCACUCAGGGAAGGUUUCCAGGACAGCGGAGGUGAGGAUUCCGAGUCUCGGGGCAGCAGUGAGGGGUUGGUCAGUAGCUCUGGGGCCCUCAGGCAGACAUCUGGGGACAUGUAUGCAGGUGGAGUGUUUUCCCCUCUCCAUGACCCUGUAGGUGGCAGAGACUCCAGUGGUGCAGGGUUGUCCCCAUUGGCCUACCCGGGUUAUGGCUCUCCGGCAACCCAGAUCAGGAAAAGUCCUGUCCUUACAUCAAUUGAGAACAGAAUCAACACACAAGUAUCAGCCCCUCAGAUAAACAUUUUCGGUGCCACACCUCAGACCACCAAAUACCACAUCACAGACCCGCUCCCUCACACUAGUCUGACCAAUGGGGAUACAGUGUUUGAUCACACCAGCAAAGCAACAAAUGCAAGAAAUGUCAACUUUUCAGCACACAAUAAUGAAAGACAACAUUCCCACCAAAAACAAGUAGCAUUUGAUAAUGAGCUCCGUACCUACCCAGUCUCAGACAGCGAUGGCAGUCCACAGUUUUCUAAUAGUCACAGAAGCCCGGAUUUAUCCAGACUCUCUGAAAACCAUCAAGUAGGAAUCAGUGCUUCACCUUCAUUACCCACUGUGCACUUUGGUGACUCUUCAGGAAACUCUCAAGAAGGUGCAAAUGGUGCUGAAAAACACUACCCUACUACACCAGAAGGUGUUAGUGCUCAGUCUGAAGGUUCCAACAAAAGUGACACCUACACAGAUCAUAAACAGAAAUCCUUGAGUACAAACUUGAGUGAGGCAAGAAUUGCGCAGAUUGUACGCAGUGUUGUUCAGGAGGAACUUAAUUCAUUUAAGGGAGAGAUGAGGGGUGUGUUCAGGGACGAGCUGGAAGAAACAGUGGAUCAACUUCACAGAGACAUUGUCAACCUCCAGUCUGCAAUGUUGGUGGAGUUCUUCAAGUUACAGAGUGAGAUAGUUCAUCUAUUGGAGCAGUACUCACUGAAUCCAGAACUUUUGGAGGAAAUUAGCAGACUUCAAGACGAAAACAAACGAUUCCGAAAAAUAUACUGAACAGACUGGAAUUUCUUGAGUCCUGAAGGAUAAAAAAAUAUUCAAUUGAAGCAUUUAAACGCAUAUUAAAGUAAAUCCUUUAAAAGCCAGUAUGCAUUUAUUUUGUUAAAUUGUUAGUUCUUUCCCUAUAUUUACAGGUUUUGGGCCUUUUCAGGAAUAAUGACCCAUACCUGUCUGAUUUGGAAUGUUUGUGUGCACGUAUUAGAUAUUAAGAAAGAUACCAAUUAAUCAAUAUGAUCACUUCAUCUUUAGAUGAUAAGAAAAAAGUAUCAUCUUGGUCCAAAAAGGACUUUUUUUUAAAAAUUGGCUGAAAAGUAGUUUUAGUAUGAUAUUGGACCAAAUCUCCUUUUUGCUCAUUUACUUCUUUGUAUUUACACGGAGGAUGGUUAGGCAUGUAGGUGGUAUGAUUCUGAACAUUGUGUACAUUAGUUCCUUUCUCAUUACUACAUUUGUAGUUAUUAUGCAAUAGUGGCUUAAGAAGAUUUAAGUUGCAAUAUUUUCCAAUAGUUCAUUUUAUGUGAUGAAGGAUGAUUUUAUGUUGUACAGUGCCCACCAGGCCAAAAGAAAUAAUAUUUAAGUGGUAUUGACUAGUGAGCCAUUAAAUAUAUAUAAAUGAUCUGUCUAGAGUCGACAUAUGAAUUCAUGUUUUAUUUGAUGACAAGUGUCAGAUUCUUUUCAUCUCAUUCUUUUUCCCAGGAAAAAAUACAAAAAUAAAAACAUACUGUUAGCCUUUCACCUGCGCUAAUGAUGAGUCUCAAGAAACUGACACAGCAAUGCCAUUUCCCGUGCCACAUGCAUUGCAGAAUUGUAGUAUGCAGAAUAAUUUGAAACAAAAUAUAUAUCUGAUCCUUAUAAUUCUGUUAUAGAAGAAUAAAAGAACUGAGAUGAUAUCCAGUAAGAAUCACAGCAAAAGCACUCUAUUGAAAUUUGCCAUGCAUUCAGUAAACAUGUUUGCAGCAAACGUAAUCUGUUUGGUUCCCCGCUUGCAGUGUAUGCGCUGAGUUGCAACAGGGAUACAAAUCAAAACAGUUUGUUUACUUUAAAUGGAGAUAGUGUACUUUAUUAAAAUAAAUCCUUAUCAUAAAUAAAAGUAUAACUUGCUGGAAUAUUUUUAAUUAAGAAAUUAUUUUAUCCAAUUAAAUUGCUUAGUAACAGAGUGGUUUUGUUAUAUUACACAUGCGUAAUACAGAAAAACUGUGUGAUAGUUAUAUUUAACCGGAAACAUGGUAUUGCAUAUUAUAUUAGAAGUCAUUUUCAAUAAUAUAUGUUAACUAAUUACUUCAGUAGUAAUGAUUCCUCACUAGCUAUAUGAUGAUUUGUAUUUUAUAAUUGCUUAUUUUUUUGUAUUCUUGAACAUUUUCAGUAAGGGUAUUCUACUGACAAACUCAAUUUGAAAAUGAAGUAAAAAUCAUUGUUACAGUCAUCACAAGUUGUUUAUUAUUAAAGGCCAGUUUAAGUUUUAUCAUACAUGUACAGUAAUAAAUGUAUAUUUGUCAAAUCAUAAUCAACUCUACACUGUCUAUUGCAAGAAAUUUGUAAAGCAGUAUUACACUUGUGUAACUGUACAUAGAAGCAAUUCAUUGGCAAUGAUGUUAGUAAACCUACCAGUAUUUAUGGUGGUCAUUGUAAUCAUGGUAACUUGAAAGUCACUUGUUCCUUCAGAGGUUUAGAUAAACUAGCCAUUAUGUUGUUCUUGUUGAAAAAUGAUUUGGUGCUGUGAUAUUCUUCACUACUUUUCCCACCGCGAUUUUGCGCUUACAACAGCAAUAGUCUUUGUUUAAAUAUGUGUAUUAAGAUAUAGUUGUACUUAAAGUGCCGAUUGUGUAUAAGACUUUCAUUCAGUUAUGGAAGUCUUAUAAAAGCUCAUAAAUUAUAAACACAUCAUAUGAUGUGCUACCAAAAAUGUUGAUAUUUGAUGGAGAAAAAGUAUGUUAAAGAGAAAGAUAUUUUAUAGUUCAAUUAUUAAAAAUGUGUAAUAAAUUACUUGUAGCAUUAUUUAAUAACUAUCUCGAAUCUCGUUAGAAGAAACUCACUUAUAGAUUGCUUGGCACACGGAUGGUAAUAGCAUUUAUAGUUGUUUAUAUUUUAUUAAAAAAUAUAAAACCAAG